AGGAAGCAGCGGAGCGCACAGCUCCCAUAGGCUGCCUGUGUGACACAACAGGUCUGUGAGCAGAGGACACUGGCUGCUGCAGGAACACGGGGGGACGUUGCCUUUCCUGGCUCUGCUUUUCAUUUCAUUUGCUUCCUAAGCUGAAACCAAGCCUUUUCUCUAACUCAAGGCAAUGUCAUAAAGUCUCAUUGAUUUUGCUGCUGUUUGCUCAGUUUGGCAGGACCCCCUUCUCUCCCAUGCUUCCAGCACUAAAGCUCCAGCAAAGUUCAUUACUAGGUUAUUUUAACCAGCAUUCUUGUGAUCCUCUGGAUUUUUAAUAAUUAGUUGUUUUGUUUUUCUUAAUUGAUUUCCCAUUCUGCCAUUUUUUUUUUACCUGUAUGUACAGUUUCUACAAAAACCAGGAAAACCAUUUGUGUAUUCGUUGGCGUUAAACUUUUUUUCCGGGAAUUGCAUUAUAACGGGAGACCGUUUCAUUAUAUUUUUUCCCAGUGAGUUUUGUGCCUGAUAUGUCCUCCCCUGGGGUAUUCCCUCCUGCCCCGGAGGUCUCAGCUGCUGCCCACAUCCCAUCAUAUGCGAGAUACCAGGAGCUGUAUGAGAGAUCAAUACGACACCCUGAUGAAUUCUGGGGCGAGAUAGCGAAUGAGUUCCAUUGGCGCGUGCCGCCGGCCCAGCCCUUUCUCCGGUACAACUUUGACGUCACAAAAGGGAAGAUUUUUAUUGAAUGGAUGAAAGGAGGGGUCACCAACAUCUGCUACAAUGUCCUAGACAGAAACGUCCAAGACAAGAAGCUUGGGGACAAGAUUGCCUUUUACUGGGAAGGGAAUGAGCCUGGAGAUUCCAUGUCGAUCACAUAUUCGGAACUUCUCAGGAAGGUCUGUCAGUUUGCCAAUGUCCUACGUGGCCAAGGAAUCAAGAAAGGCGACCGUGUCUCCAUCUACAUGCCCAUGGUGAUUGAGCUGGUGGUGGCAAUGUUGGCUUGUGCCAGAAUUGGGGCUAUCCACUCCAUAGUGUUUGCAGGGUUUUCCUCCGAGUCGCUGUGUGAGCGGAUCCUAGAUUCCAACUGCACUCUACUCAUCACAGCAGAUGGUUUCUUCCGUGGGGACAAAUUAAUAAACUUGAAGUCGAUUGCAGAUGAAGCGCUAAAGAAAUGUGCAGAAAAGAACUAUCCUCUGAGUAAGUGCAUUGUACUGAAACACCUUGGCAGAGAUGAGAUUGUCAGUGAUGGACCCAGCAAAAUCUCCCCUCCUUGCAAGAGACAGUGUCCCGACCUCCAGAUCAACUGGAAGCCAUCGGUGGAUAUGUGGUGGCACGAACUAAUAAAGGACGCGAGCGUGGAGUGUGAGCCGGAGUGGUGUGAUAGCGAAGACGAGUUAUUUAUUCUCUAUACCAGCGGAUCUACAGGCAAGCCUAAGGGAGUGGUGCACACUGUAGGCGGCUACAUGAUCUACACUGCAACUACAUUCAAGUAUGUGUUUGAUUACCACCCUGACGAUGUGUACUGGUGCACAGCUGACAUAGGGUGGAUCACUGGACAUUCCUACCUCACCUACGGACCACUUGCCAAUGGGGCCACCAGUGUUUUAUUUGAAGGUCUUCCAAUAUACCCAGAUAUCUCCAGAAUGUGGCAAAUCAUUGAUAAGUAUAACGUGAGCAAAUUCUACACGGCACCUACCGCCAUCCGCCUGCUCAUGAAGUAUGGGGAGGAGCCAGUAAAAAGGUACAGCAGGAAGUCACUAAAGGUUCUAGGCACAGUGGGAGAGCCAAUUAAUCCAGAGGCUUGGCUCUGGUAUUACAACGUUGUGGGGGAUAAGAGAUGCCCAAUUGUGGAUACGUUCUGGCAGACUGAGACGGGAGGACAUGUUCUUACUCCACUGCCGGGAGCUACCACAGCCAAACCGGGCUCAGCUACGUUCCCAUUUUUUGGAGUUGUUCCAGCAAUUUUAGAUGAAUCUGGAGAGGAACUUGAGGGCGAAGCUGAAGGGUACCUGGUAUUUAAACAGCCAUGGCCGGCACUAAUGCGUACCGUGUAUGGAAACCAGGAACGGUUUGAGACCACAUAUUUUAAGAAAUUUCCAGGUUACUAUGUAACAGGCGAUGGAUGCAGAAGGGAUAAAGACGGGUAUUACUGGAUCACAGGGCGAAUUGACGACAUGCUCAAUGUUUCUGGCCACCUGCUGAGCACAGCAGAGGUGGAGUCUGCGCUUGUAGAACACUCGUCCAUAGCUGAGGCGGCCGUGGUGAGCCAUCCGCACCCAGUGAAAGGGGAGUGCCUGUACUGCUUUGUCACUCUAAGGGAUGGACACGAGUUCACCAGCACGCUUGUCGACCAGCUGAAGAAACUGGUUAGGGAAAAGAUUGGACCCAUUGCCACUCCGGAUUAUAUCCAGAAUGCCCCUGGGCUCCCCAAAACACGCUCAGGUAAAAUCAUGCGGCGGGUACUAAGGAAGAUUGCCAAAAAUGACCGUGACCUGGGAGACAUUUCCACACUAGCCGAUAGUACAGUCAUACAACAGUUAUUUGAGAACAGGUGUAAAACUGUGCAGUAGGAGCCCAAUGAACACAACUCUGAGAGAAUGUAAUGUCACCCAUGUGUCCCAAAGGGGAGGGUAUAGGUACCCUGGCCUUAUACAUUUCUGUCUGUCAUUGGGCUGUGUGUGUGUGUAUGUGUUCUGUUCAGAUUAGGUCUGUGUUGUACAUUGUAACUACAUUACUAAAGUGCACUCCUCAUGCUGCAAAGAACUGCAGCUAUUUGAAUUCUCAACAACUUUAUGUUUGGAAUGCUGGGAAUUGUAGUUCACAGUAGCUGACAAGAUAAAAUAAGGGGGUGCGGGUAUAACCUGUAAUGUGCAAACAUAUCCUUUCCACACUAUGUGAGAAUACAAUUGCACAUUGGUAGGUUACACUGCGCUUGUCAAACUUC